CUUACCAAGUUUUCGCUACAAAAACUAAAUACAUAUAAAUACCAUUUCCAAACCGCCCGUCGACCCUGAACGGCCGGAAUCAAAAAUCGCGAGCGUAUCAGUGUAAACACUGCUCGUCCCCGCCGUCGUCCGUUCAAAAAUCUAAGCUCCGUCACUUUUACCGCGAAAGGAAUUUCCUCUAAUCUUAUCAUUCCCUCGUUAACCUCUCCAAUUUUUUUCCCACAUUUCACCAUUACGAUCAUCAUCUAGGGUUUUGGAAAUUCCAAACUUCAAUUUUUCAGAAAUGUCUCUCCCUCCUAUAGAUUGUAUAUACGUCACAGAAGAUUCUCUACGCGAAUGGAGAACCGGUAACGCGAAUUUUCGCGUCUCUAAACCCGUUCAUAUGCUCCGAUUCCUUUUAGAGCUCUGCUUCACCGCGGUUCGAGGAGAAUUGCCGUAUCAAAAAUGCAAACUGGUUUUGGAUUCCGUAGAGUUUACAGAGACUGUGUCUCCAAGAGAGUUGGCUUCGAGCUUUGCCGAUAUCAUUACGCAGAUGGCUCAGGAUCUUACAAUGCCGGGUGAAUACCGUGGCCGCCUCAUAAAGUUGGCCAGGUGGCUUGUGGAAUCUGCCAUUGUUCCAUUGAGGUUUUUUCAAGAGCGAUGUGAGGAGGAAUUUUUGUGGGAGGCUGAAAUGAUAAAAAUAAAAGCUCAGGAUUUAAAGGGGAAAGAGGUCAGAGUAAACACUCGUCUUCUUUAUCAGCAAACAAAGUUUAAUCUCGUUCGAGAAGAAAGUGAGGGCUACGCCAAACUGAUUACGCUUCUAUGUCAAGGCUAUGAAGAUGUAACCAGAAAUGCAUCAUCAGCGACAAUUGGCAUCAUCAAGUCUUUAAUUGGGCAUUUUGAUUUGGAUCCAAAUCGUGUUUUCGAUAUUUUUAUGGAGUGUUUUGAACUUCAGCCUGACAACAGUCUCUUUUUGGAACUGAUCCCAAUCUUUCCCAAGUCUCAUGCCUCCCAAAUUCUUGGUUUUAAGUUCCAAUAUUAUCAGCGAAUGGAAGUAAAUAGUCCUGCCCCGUUUGGGCUCUAUAAGCUUACUGCUUUAUUGGUGAAGAAUGAGUUCAUUGAUCUCGAUAGCAUAUAUGCUCAUCUACUUCCUAGGGAUGAUGAGGCCUUUGAUCAUUAUGUUACUUUUUCGUCUAAGCGCUUGGAUGAGGCUAACAAAAUUGGAAAAAUAAAUCUCGCUGCCACUGGGAAGGACCUAAUGGAUGAUGAGAAACAAGGAGAUGUUACAGUAGAUUUUUUCGCGGCUUUGGAUAUGGAAAGCGAUGCUGUUGCUGAAAGAUCAUCAGAGCUUGAAAGCAGCCAAACUUUGGGUCUGCUUACUGGUUUUCUUUCUGUGGAUGAUUGGUAUCAUGCUCACAUAUUGUUCAAUCGCCUCUCUCCAUUAAAUACGGUGGCUCAUGUGCAAAUAUGCAAAGGUUUAUUUAGGCUCAUUGAGAAGUCCAUCUCAGUAGCUUAUGAUAUCAUUCGUCAAACGCAUUUCCAAAAUUUGGAGUCUUCUCCAGGAGUUGGUAGUGAUUCUAAAGAAACUAGUAGUGCACGUAGCCAUGGAUCUUUUAUCGAUUUACCCAAGGAGCUUUUUCAGAUGCUAGCAACUGUUGGACCCUAUCUUUAUCGUGAUACAAUAUUGCUGCAGAAGGUUUGUAGAGUAUUAAGAGGUUACUACAUGUCGGCACUUGAGCUUAUGGGUGGUAUUGAUGGAGGUGCAAGUACUGAAUCUGCUUUUAAAGGAAACCCUCGUGUUUACAUAAGAGAAGCAAGGUCAAGGAUUGAGGAAGCUUUGGGCACAUGCCUACUUCCUUCGUUGCAAUUAAUACCUGCAAAUCCAGCAGUUGGGCAGGAGAUAUGGGAAGUGAUGAGCCUCCUUCCAUAUGAGGUGCGCUACCACUUAUACGGUGAAUGGGAGAAAGAUGAUGAACGGAAUCCAAUGGUUUUGGUUGCUAGACAAACGGCAAAAUUGGAUACUAGAAGGAUACUUAAGAGGCUUGCGAAGGAGAAUUUGAAGCAGCUGGGUAGGAUGGUUGCAAAACUAGCUCAUGCAAAUCCAAUGACUGUGCUUCGAACUAUAAUUGUCCAGAUUGAGGCAUACAGGGAUAUGAUCGCACCUGUUGUAGAUGCUUUCAAGUACUUGACACAGCUUGAGUAUGACAUCUUAGAAUAUGUUGUAAUUGAGCGCCUGGUCCAAGGAGGUCGUGAUAAGCUGAAGGAUGAUGGUCUCAAUUUGUCAGACUGGCUUCAAUCAUUGGCUUCGUUUUGGGGUCACCUGUGCAAGAAGUAUCCAUCUAUGGAACUGAGAGGUCUUUUUCAGUAUCUUGUGAACCAGCUUAAAAAGGGCCUGGGAAUUGAGCUUGUGCUUUUGCAGGAGCUCAUUACCCAAAUGGCUAAUGUUCAGUACACUGAGAAUUUAACAGAGGAACAAUUGGAUGCAAUGGCAGGGAGUGAGACUCUUCGGUAUCAGGCUACUUCUUUUGGAGUUGCACGAAAUAACAAGGCUUUGGUAAAAUCUACUAAUAGGCUUAGGGAUUCCUUGUUCCCUAAAGAUGAACCGAGGCUCGCAAUUCCCCUUUUGUUGCUUGUUGCUCAACAUCGUUCUUUGGUUGUCAUUAAUUCAGGGGCACCUUACAUUAAAAUGGUCAGUGAGCAGUUUGAUAGAUGCCAUGGAACUCUUCUUCAAUAUGUGGAAUUUCUUUCUACUGCAGUUACACCAGCCAUUGCUUAUGCAAAGCUGAUUCCAUCGCUUGAUGAGCUUGUUCAUCUUUACCACCUUGAUCCAGAGGUUGCUUUUCUAAUUUACCGCCCAGCCAUGAGACUCUUUAAGUGUGAGGGUAAUUCUGAUGAUUUCUGGCCCCUGGAUGACACGGAAGCUGUCAGCACUACAGAUGUUGAACAAAAAGAAAAUAGUGACAAUGUGAUUCUGGAUCUUGGCUCUCCUCAGAAGCAUAUAACCUGGUCUGGUCUUCUUGAGACAGUGAAAGCAAUGUUGCCAUCAAAAGCCUGGAAUAGCCUCUCACCUGAUCUCUAUGCAACCUUUUGGGGACUCACACUGUAUGAUCUGUAUGUUCCUAGAGAUCGUUAUAAGGCCGAGAUUGCAAAGCAGCAUGCAGCUCUUAAAGCGUUGGAGGAGCUUUCUGAUAAUUCAAGUUCUGCAAUCAGCAAAAGGAAGAAAGACAAGGAAAGGAUUCAAGAGUCUCUGGAUCGUUUGACUAGUGAACUCCAUAAGCAUGAAGAAAAUGUUGCAUCAGUUCGCAGACGACUUUCUCGUGAAAAGGAUAAAUGGUUGAGUUCUUGCCCUGAUACUCUGAAAAUCAACAUGGAGUUCCUUCAACGCUGCAUUUUUCCUCGUUGUACUUUCAGUAUGCCAGAUGCUGUGUAUUGUGCUAUGUUUGUGCAUACUCUUCAUUCCCUUGGGACACCCUUUUUCAACACAGUGAACCACAUUGAUGUUCUAAUAUGCAAAACUUUACAGCCUAUGAUUUGCUGUUGCACUGAAUAUGAAGCAGGUAGACUUGGAAAGUUUUUGUUUGAGACAUUAAAGAUUGCAUACUACUGGAAGAGUGAUGAAUCAAUUUACGAGCGCGAGUGUGGAAACAUGCCUGGAUUUGCUGUGUAUUAUCGGUUCCCAAACAGCCAACGCGUUACAUAUGGCCAGUUCAUUAAGGUACACUGGAAAUGGAGUCAAAGAAUCUCACGGCUGCUCAUUCAAUGCUUAGAAUCAUCCGAAUACAUGGAAAUUCGAAAUGCACUUAUUCUGCUGACAAAAAUUUCAGGUGUAUUUCCGGUUACUAAAAGGAGUGGCAUUAACCUUGAAAAGAGGGUAGUCAGAAUUAAAAGUGAUGAAAGAGAGGAUCUCAAGGUGUUGGCAACUAGUGUUGCUGCAGCAUUGGCUGCUAGAAAGCCUUAUUGGGUCACAGAUGAAGAAUUCGGCAUGGGUUAUCUUGACAAUAAGCCUCCAGCUGCUUUAAAGCCUGUCUCUGCUAAUACAGCAGUUGGCCAAAACACUUCCGCUCCUAAUGUUUCUCAGAGUGAAUUAGCUGUCGGAAGAGCAGCUACAACUGUAACGCAACAUCCAGAUAUGGGAAAUUCAGUCAGAGAACAUACAUCCAGAGUGAAACCUGCAGAUAGCAUGUCAAAUGUGAAAUCCGAUCAAGGGAAUCAGAAAAAAGGUGGAUCACUGGUGAUUCUGUCCGAUGUUCAGCCCUCUGUUUCAUCAGUAACUGGGCAAGCUGGAGCAUCAAGAUUUGCAGAGAAUCAAAAGCAAGCAGAUGAAUCAGGAAACAGAAUGCCUGAUGAAAGCACAAGCAGAACUGCCCCAAAGAAUUCUGUAGAACAUGAGCAGCCAAAAUCUUCAGGCAAACGGCCAAUGCAUGCCGGAUCAGUUAAAACACAAAAACAAGAUGUUGCAAAAGAUGACUUGAAAUCUGGAAAAGCUGUGGGCAGAACUUCCAAUGACAAAGAUGUUUCCUCUCAUUUAUCUGAAAGCAGGCAAGGAAAUGGUACUAAUAUUUCUUCUACAGUCACCCCCAAUGGUAAUGCCGUGACAGCAUCAGCAAAAGGCUUGAAUCCAUCCACACGAACAACUGAUGGUCAUGGCAGUGAAUUAAAGGCAGAUACUGGACCUGCUAAAUUUUUGGUAAAAGAUGAUGCAACUGAAGCUGGUGAUGCUCACAAACCUCCAAGAGGAGUUCAUUCUCCUAGGCAUGAUAGUUCUUUUGCAGCAUCAUCAAAAUCUAGUGAUAAGCUGCAAAAGAGAGGAAGUCCUGGAGAUGAUUCCGACAGAUUAAGUAAACGUAGAAAAGGUGAUGCUGAACUGAGAGAUUUAGAGGCUGAUAUUCGAUUAUCUGAUAGAGAGAGGUCCACAGAUGCUCGAUUACUUGAUCUUGACAAAACUGGAAUUGAUGAACGUAUACAUAGGAACAUGGACAAACCUUUAGAUAGGUUAAAAGAUAAAGGUAUUGAGAGAUAUGACAGAGAACAUAGAGAAAGAUCGGAGCGCCUAGAUAAGUCUCGUGCAGAUGAUAUAGUAGAAAGACCAAGGGACAGGUCAAUAGAACGAUAUGGAAGAGAGCGUUCAGUUGAGAGAGGGCAAGAGAGAGGAGGUGCUGAUAGGAGUUUUGAUAGACCCUCUGACAAAACAAAAGAUGAAAGAAACAAGGAUGAGCGAGGAAAGAUGCGCUUUGGUGAUGCAUCCUUAGAAAAACCACAUGAUGAGCGGUUUUACGGGCAAAGUUUGCCUCCACCACCACCCUUGCCUCCUCACGUGGUUCCCCAGUCUUUAAAUGCUAGUAGAAGAGAUGAGGAUGCUGAUAGAAGGUUUGGAACUGUUAGGCAUUCUCUAAGGCUUUCUCCAAGACAUGAAGAGAAAGAAAGAAGACGUUCAGAGGAAAAUUCUUCAGUUUCACAAGAUGAUGCAAAACGCAGAAGAGAUGAUGAUUUUCGUGACAAGAAGCGGGAUGAACGAGAGGGACUGUCGAUGAAGGUGGAGGAGAGAGAGAAGGAGAGGGAGAGAGAAAAAGUCCCUUUGAAGGAUGACACGGACGUCAGUGCUGCCUCGAAAAGACGGAAACUUAAAAGAGAGCAUAUGAUGUCGGGGGAGGCUGGUGAGUAUUCUCCAGUUGCUCCACAACCUCCCAUUCCAGCUGUUGGCAUGUCGCAAUCAUUUGAUGGUAGAGAUAGAGGGGAUAGAGGAGCCAUGAUCCAGCGAGUAGGUUACUUGGAUGAUCCUGCUAUGCGCAUUCACGGUAAAGAAGUAGCUAACAAGAUGGCUCGUCGAGAUUCUGAUCCGAUGUAUGACCGAGAAUGGGAUGAUGAGAAGCGCCAAAGAGCAGAUCAAAAGCGGAGGCACAGGAAAUAGAGUGCGGAUGUGUGUCCCUGGAGAUUAUACGAUGGGCAAUGAAUUAAGGCUCUGCGUUGGUUCAUCAAAAUGAAUUUUCUAGGACCCUGUAUUCUGGUGGGUUUUUAUUAUUCCUAUUAAAAACUAUAUCAGAUUAGCUUUUCUAGAACAUGAGUUUGCUGGUUUCUGAACAUUGCUUUAAAUGGAACAUGCAAUUUAUUGACAUGAAUUUUGUUCGUUAUUUGUA